AUGCUGCGGGCUUCCGGGUCCGAGGGCUCGCGCGUGCGGGCGCAGCUCUGCCGCUCGCGCCCCAGACCUUCUCGGACUCGCCGUGCGCUUUCGGCUGCGAGUUUGCUCGUUCUCCUCGGCAGCGGCGGGGUGUCUCUGGCAGCGCCGGCCCUGAAGCCGGUGGAGACCGAGCUCCCCGCGCCGUCGCCCCUUGCCUUCCUUUCCGCAACAUCUCCCGCCACGCUUCUCGCGUCGCUGGCGGCCCCGUCGCCCUGGGGCCCAGACGCACCUGGCCUCGACGGACUCGAAACUCAAAGUGCGCAGGCCGCCGCCGUUUCGCCCUCGGAAGAAAGCAACGGCUGGCGAGAAGGCGAAGUCUCGUCGCGUCCCGCUGCAGAGCGGCGGCGAGAAGUGGACCAGCGGACUGUGGAGGCGACGGAAGAGUCUGCAAACUCUGUGUCCACCCUCAGUGUCCCUUCUCCGGUGGGCGCGGCGAACGUAGGCGAUGCACAAGCGUCGUUGCUGUCCUUCUGGAGACGCCGGAAGGCUGAAGAGACCCCUCUGCCUUCGACCGCCUCCCCCAUCACGGAAGCGCCCGCUGCCCUGCAGUCUGCGCUGCCUUUCGCAACCUGGUUCGGGCUCGGUGGAAAAGAAGGCGUGCAUGCAGAGAGGGUUGACAUCCAAGCGCGCCUCUUGUUCAACGAGGGGACGGAGGCUCCCCGCAGCGAACAGGCGCUGAGCAGUUCCACGGGCGAGAGCGAAGCCGCGCCUGUCCGCCCUGACCCGCACGCGUCCUCAUGGUUUCCGUCACUGUUCUCCGGAAAGACUCAGACCUUUGCGGCCAUGAACGCCCUCGAUGGGUUGACUGCCUUUUGGUUUCCGAGUCUCCGGCGCGGACUCGGUCUGGAUGUGCAGGACGCGGACGGCGUGAAGGAUCGCUCGACCGACUCAUCGCAAGAGACGAAGGAAGGCGAAACGGCUGCGGACGGCACUCGCGUCGCCGACAACCACUGGUCCCACAUCACCGGAACCGCCAACGACCCGCUCCCGGCUGCGCGUGCCGCGGCCUGGUGGUUCGCCCAGCGCGAAGAAGAAGUCAGAGGGCUCGCCAAAGCGGCCGCCCAUCAAGGCUCCGAGAAUCUGCAGCACGCGGCGGACUCUGCGACUGCCACGGCUCAGGCUUUCUGGCACCAGAGCGGCGGAGCGCAAGCGUCGCAAGAGGCUCUCGCUGCUCUGGAAGCCUCGGCCCAGUGGUUUCGCCAGCAGAAGAACAAGCUGGAGGAGCUCGACGCAGCCGGCGCUGCUGCGUGGUGGGAGGCCGUCAAAAAGUCGCAAAGCGACCGGCUGGCCGCGGAAGAAACGACGGGGCGAGCUCAAGCAGGUGCCGCUGCGUUUCUUGCCCAUGCAAACGCUUCCUGGAUGCACCCGAGGCAGGGCGAAAAGCUGACGGCUGUGGGGGUUGACGUGCCCCAAGCGGCGGGCCUCGCUCCGGCGUUUCUCGUCCCAGAGGGACUCGCCUUUUGGGGGACCCAGACAGAGGAGAAUGCGGCAGGCGCGCUGCCUUCGCGCGGGACGAAAGUCGGAGCUUCACAGGCGGCGGGACCAGUCACCGCUCAAGUGCCUCCUGCGGCGGCCGUUGCAGCCGCAGCAGCCGCCGCAGGCUGGCUGAAUUGGAGCCGCACCGCGGACGCGCAGAAAGCGGCGCCUCCCCAGGAGGCGCUCUCUUGGUUCUGGAGCAAACAGUUGAAAGACGUCGAGGACGCUGUGGAGAUGAGCUCGACGUGGCUAGGCCACUCUGCACUGGGGAACAUGUCGAGGGGGGUCGCCCUCAGCGCGGCCGUCGGGAACGGUCUUUUGAAUGUGCCUUUGUGGGGCGAAGGCCGAAAAGAAGUGGCGGAAACGAAGGAACCCGAAACUGUUGCCUCGACGUCGGGCGUGGCCUCGGUGCUUUCCUGGUGGAGAGGCGGAGAAGCAAACGACGGGGAAAACACGCCGUCGCUGGUGCAGGACGAGGCGCCUCGCGCGGCCUCGAGGUCCGACGAACCUGCGCAGAAGUCUGUGGAAAAGUCCCUCAUGUCCUGGGUGCGCUCGUGGUUUUCUGGAGGGAAGGAAGAUCCCGAAGCCGUCUCUGCGGCGGGGCUCGGAGAGGAGGACGUUAAGGGAGGGCGCAGCGCCACUUCCUUCGCACGCUGGUUCGGCCAGAAACAGUUUCCCAGUCCGGACACGACGGCGGAAGGCAAGAAGGAAGCUUCUUCCGCCUCCGUGCCUGCCUCUCGGUGGUUCGAAUCGUCUGGCGCGGCGGGUGAGAAGGGAGAGGCGAAGGGCCAUGGCGCCAAAGCCGCAUCCGCCGAGAAGCUUUCGUCGUCGCCUCCGAGCAGCGCCGACGGCGACGUGGCGUUUGAACAGCCCGUUGGCCUCGACAAACCGUCUGAGCCGGCAGGCACCGCGUUCGGGUGGCCUUUUCAGAGCUCAUCCGCAGAGCCCAACUACCCCAGCAGAGGCGGACAGUCCCAGCACAUCGAGGAUGGCGUGUCUCGCUCGGCGGGGAGCUCGUGGGUGCCCGACACCGGUUUUCUCCGCAGGGCGAUCGAAGGCGCUUCGCGGCCGGAGGGAGCGCAGGCUUCCCUAGCCGCGCGUGCGUCUCAGUUCCUCGCACAAAAUGCAGACCAGGCGUCUGGGUGGAUCUUUGGCGGCGCGUCUGAGUCGGAAUCUCACGCGGAAAAGCCUGCCGCGCCCGUCCCCGGACUGAAGCAAGGAAGUUCCUGGUGGGAGUGGGAAUCGAGCGAGACAGUCACGACAACGAAGCCUCCAAAGUACACUCGAGAUGUGCGUCUGGACUGCAACCCAGUUCCACCGUUUCGAGCGUGUGUGCAAAAGUGCCAGAGUGACAGCCGGCGCCACACAAAAGACAACGCGGAUCGGUCAGAGCCUCAAGCCCUGGGAUCGUACGAGUACGGCAGCCUCCGCAGUUGCUACUUGACGUGCAAACAAAAGUGGAUUGACACAGACCUCCCGGGGUGCCUGAGAGCUGACGGGGUGAAGGUGGAAGGCGUACCACCGAUCGAGGCCUUCCGGAGCACGACGACGAGCACGACCACGACGCCCAGCACGACCACGACAACCCCUCACCCCAAGACUUCGACACAGAAGCGCGAGCAGCCGAAACCCACAGAGGAAGCGGCAAAGUCGUUCUGGGACGGGCUGACAGGCAAGACGGAAGGGGUUGCAGACAAAGCGCAGCAGGAAGAGCAAAAGGGCUUGUUCUCCCUGUUCCAGCGGGCGACACCGACCUCGACAACCACUACUCCGGCGCCACCGGCGCAAGGUUUCUCUUUAACAAAGUUGUUGGGUUUCCACCCGACGGCAAGCGCGCCGGCGUCUGCAGAAACCCCGUCUUCCGAUUCGUUUCCUUUCUCCCUGAGAGGACCAAGCUCUCUGUGGUCGGCGAAAAACGAUGCGGCAGCUGGUCUUGAGCCUGCCUUGGGUAACGGGCUAUUUGGAAGCCUCUUCAGUCGCAGUGACGCAGCGCUCCCCUCUAAGGCGCCUUUGGCUGCUCAAACUUCGAUGACAGACGCAGGCCUGCAGGAGGCAGACCUGUCGAAUGCAUCCGUUUCAGAAAAGCGUAAAAACGAGUCGGCAGGAUGGUGGACGUGGCCAGCCAGCAGUGCCGAGACUGGGAAGGAAGGGGCGAAGGCGAGCGCCGUUGCUGCAGGGGUGCGCGGGCCGGACCGCGCGGCGGAGGGGGCGGCAUAUGAAGCUCCAGAGUCGACUAAUCGAUUGGUGGAGGAAGCUGACGACGCCAUCGAGAACGUCCUUUCCAGUUGGUGGCCUGUAUUUCUCUUGGUUGUCGGCGUCGGGCUGCUCGUCCUGUGUUUCUUGGGAAGGCGGUUGGGUCAGUGGGAAGGCAUGGCGGGAAGUGGAGACAUUGAGAGGGGCGAAUAUGCCGCAGCGCCUGUCUUCAGGGAAUCGGCUACUGAACAGCACGACGGGCGUCGAUCUGUGAAUGGUCCGUCGACUGAUGAAAACCGACAACCGCUGAUAGACCGUUCAGGCUGA